AUGCGAAAUAGAUCUAUUGACCAACGCUUUACAAAAUCAGAUAUUUUAGACGUAUCUGAAGAAUCUGAAGAAAUUGAGAUAGCAAAAGAAGAUCUAAUUCAUGAAGAUGUGCCCAAAGGAGACCCCACUAAGCGAAUAGCACUGCUUAAUCUUGAUUGGGAGAGUAUAGUAGCGGCUGACUUGCUAGCUAUUGUUCGGGCCUUUGCUAAAGAGGAGGAUAUCAAGGCAGUAAAGAUAUACAAGACAAAGAUGGGUCAAGAACUUCUGUCUAGAGAGGAUAAAGAAGGACCCGUCUUUACAGCAACAGAAGAGACACUAGACCAAGAUAUUAGACAGUACUUGCGUGAAAAGUCAAAGUGUUUCUAUGCUCUGGUGGAGUUUAGUGGGGUAGAGGUGGCUAGUUCGGUUUAUGAGGCGAUUGAUGGUUUAGAGAUUGAGGAGACGUUUAACUUUAUUGAUGCUCGGUUUGUUCCGGAUGAUGUGCAGAUUGAGGAUGAAUUAGUGGAAGUAGCUACAGUCCCGACUAAGCUUAGUAAGAGUAUUCCUAAGAAUCCGCUUUAUAACACCAAGGCUAAACUGCGUUGGGAGGAGGAUACAGUGCGGGAGAAGGCUUUAAAAGACCUAUUCUUAGCCGAGGAGAUAGAUUUGGAUUUGGCGGAUGAGUUGAUUGAUGCUAGUGAAGAUGAAGAGAACCAAGAGAACUAUCGGAAUUUGCUUCUAGCACCGGGUAAUGAUAAGGAUUAUGAUAAUGAGUAUGGUGAAUAUGAAGAGGAGGAAUGUGUUGAGGAUGGUGAUGAGGAAGAGGAUGAGGAAGAUGAAGAGGAUGAAGAGGAUAGGGUUAAAGUGGAUAGUAAAUCUGGUAAGCGUAAACUGGCUGUGCUAGAAGAGGCUGUUGAAGAUGACUUGUCGGAAUCUGAGUCUAAUGAUCUGGAAAGUAUUGCUGUUCCGGCUCAGGAUGAGAGAUUUACUCGGCAGACUAGUAAUCCGGACUUUGCAGUUGAUCGUACUAAUCCUGUCUACAUAGCUAAGAAGAAGAGGAAGGAGAAGUGA